GCUCCUUCUUUUGAGAUCAUCAGCGUCACCGACGUAGGCACAGCCAGCAAACGACCGCCAUGAGCAGCGAUUCCGGCCCUCCCAAGGAGGAGCUUGCUCAGAUCUUCAAACACCUCAAAUCGCUCAGAAAGGAGAACAAGCAAUGCUUCGACUGUGGCGCCAAGAACCCUUCUUGGGCAUCUGCGACGUUUGGAAUCUACAUCUGCCUCGACUGCUCCUCAGUGCACCGGAAUAUGGGUGUCCACAUUUCGUUCGUCAGAUCGACCAAUCUCGAUUCGUGGACGUGGUCCCAGCUUCGGCUCAUGAAAGUGGGCGGUAAUGGACCUGCGUUCGACUACUUUUCGCGCCACGGCGGCAGCUCCCUCCUCACCCCAGGGACGGAGGGCAAGGUCAAAUUCACUUCGGCCACCGCGCGCGGUUACAAGGAAGAGCUCACCAAGCGUGUGCAGGAGGACGCAAAGGGUGGUCCCAUUGGCGCGCGUGUGGCCUUCCCUGGCCUAAACUUCGGCGGUGGCAGCAUCGAGGGCAACGGCAGCUCGGACGCGUCCAUCUCCAACUCAGCCGGUCCCAAUGCAAAUGCAGAUGACUUCUUCGACGACUGGGACAAGCCAGCGGGCAACUCUGCGUCGGCCAACCUCGCCGCUGCCUCUGUCAAAAAGCAGGCUACUGCUGCCGCGUCAGCCCCACCCGGCAUCGGCAGGAGAGCCAUCGUAGCUAACAACAGUAGCAGCACUGCGCCCUCCUCGGGCAUUUCGACACCUGACCGUGGCUCGUCUCCAUCCAUUACCUCGUCAUCCACGAUCAAGUCUUCCUCGCUGGGUGGCGGUUCUCGCGGCCCGUCGGGUGCGCGCAAGGGAGCCCUGGGCGCCACAAAGGUGGGAGCUGGGACAGGCGCUGUGAAGAAGGGCCUGGGUGGUGUGCGCAAGGGAGGCGCACCCAUCAACUUCGAAGAGGCCGAGGCACGCGCAAAGGCCGAGGAAGCAGAGGCUAAACGGUUAGAGGACGAGGCCCUCAAGCAUAAGGAGAGCAUCGAGCAGGCCGAGACGUUUGCAAAGGCUGCGAUUCAGAAAGCUCAGGCAGACCAGGCAGCGGCCAGAGCGGCAGAGAGCAGCAGCAGCAGCGGUGGUGUUGGCGGUGGCAAGGCGGGCGCGCCGACAUCGCCGACAAGCCCCAGGAGCCCGACGGGUCCCAAGGGCAGAGGCAGCAUCGAGACGGAGCGCCUCGGAAUGGGCUUUGGCAAGCUCAACAUCGCCCAGCAGCGCAUCCAGGCUCAGCAGGCUUCCUCAAAAUCAAACGGCGGAGCGUCGGGCAGCACAGACAGCUUGAAUGGAUCGGGCGAGGAGCCCAGCUAUGCGCGAUCCAAGUUUGCCGGCCAAAAGUCCAUCAGCUCGGACCAGUACUUUGAGCGGGGAGGCUACGACCCCAAUGUGUCAUCCGAGGCAAAGGAGAGGCUCCAAGGGUUCAGUGGGCAGACGUCCAUCUCGUCGAACCAGUACUUUGGCCGAGAGGAAGACGAAGACGCAGAGGGCGGCGGCUACUCUGCCGCUGCUGGAGGACCCGGGGGCGAGGACUGGACCGGUGACCUGGAGUCGGCGGCGAGGGACUACUACCAGCGCCUGAUGGCGAACCCAGACGUGCAGAGCGGCAUCGAGAGCUUCCGCGCAGGUGCUCUCAAGCUCUCGCAGUACCUCGAAGACAUGUCGAGGAACGGCGCUUGAUCUGCGCUGCCUGCGCGCAGCUUUCCUUCUUUCACUUCUUAAUCCUUCCUUACAUGAUGUCACUCUGUGCUUGUCCGUGUGUGUCUCAUGGCUAUUACAAUAGUUUAUCUUCUUUCUUUGCUCAACCGCCAAUGGCCCCCUCUGCCCGGAGCUUGUCAAUGUCGUCUGACCCGAAGCCCAUCUCCUGGAGCACCUCGUCGGUGUGCUGGCCCAGGACGGGCGGGGGUCGGUUGACGGCCAUCUUUGCUGGCCCGUACCGGACGGCGGGGGCCGAGAUCUUGAUCUUGCCCGCUCUGGGGUGGACGACAUCGACGGUGACGCCGCGGUCCUGGCUCUGCGGGUGCUCAAACGUCUCGCGGAUGUUGCGGAUGGGCGCCACGGGGAUGCCGAGCUUCUG